AUGAGCCGACAAACGCCCCGUAAAUCACGACACCGACACCAUGGAAGCUCCGGCGGGCCCCGCCAGAUCCCCGCGUCCGACUAUGAAUCCGACGCGGCCCAAUACAUGGAGAACAACCAGCACAACCAGCACAGUCAGUUGCCACCGGCGCGCGACAACAACGAGCUCAGUCUACGGGUUUUGCGGCGCUACCAGCCUGGCGUGCGCUCGAUCAUGGCCAUCGCCGCCAACGCGGUCGCCUACACCUUCUCGGAGACUACACAGGGAUGGGAAAAGCACGGCGCGGAGGGCACCAUGUUUGUGUGCGAGCAGGAACCAGUCAUCGCGCCCACGAGUCAGGUGCUGCCGCGGGUGUGCGUGUUUGUGCUUAAUCGCCGCAGUAUGGAGAACUUGGUCAUCGAUCUGCUGCGGGUGACGGACUGCGAGGUGGUUGGGGAGCUGAUUGUGUUCCGGCUGGAGGACGACAGUAAUAAUAACACCAGCAACGGGAAUCACCAGGCGGGCGGCGGUGUGGAGGAAGGCCCGAAGAAGAAGAUUUUGGGACUGUGGAUUCAUGCUGAUGAGAGCAACACCCGGGAGAUGCACGCAACUCUGAUUUUGGCGGCAUGGCAGGAAGGCCGCCUGGCUUUUGACGCGUACAUCCAGGCUGCGACGGCGGGCAUUGUGGAUAACAGCGGUUAUACCCCCGAGCCGCAGUCUGUGGAUGUUGCUGGGCACGAGUCCCCGGCGGGGAAGCGUUUGAGCAUGGAAAUCCCUGCUCUCAUACAAACUCAGAUAUCCCUCUCGUCCUCAUUUGAACAGUGGCUGGCCCGCAAAACCCAAAGCGACGGAGAUCACGGUGGAGUCAUUGGCAAGAUCCUGUCUCGACUAGGGAGUUACAAGAAGUGGUUGGAAGCGGCUGAGAAAUCACCGCACCAAGAAUUGGAAGCGCCUGAUUCAUGGGUUAUGGGUGCCAAUUUGCGGGUGAGAGAUGACUCUUCGUCCGUAAUCGCCAUCACGGGGCCGGGCUCGGGGGAGACACUAGAAAUCAUUCCCAAGGACAACGUUGAAGCCAAGAACCUCAUGAGUUGUGGCGCGUUUUCUAAAUCGCAAGAAUCUCUACGCUCGUUGCUUCAUUCUGCUGCUGAGAUAGAACGCGAGACUGCUCUUUUAAAUCAACCCCCUGAUGCCACUGUCAAAACCUACAUACAGCGCCUGCAAGAAUAUAACGAAAUUAAAGACAUCGGCCAACAGCUCAUUGGGUUCAUUGCAGAGAAUCGAGGGGUUCCAGUCCGGACGAUUUACGAAAACGGCGAGUUUGGUGUCAGCCUGCCACGGGAUCCAAGCGCAGGAUGA